AUGUGGCGCCAAUAUUUGUAGAUAUUGUGCCAAUCGGACUUCACUUCAAACUCAUAUCAUCAAGAUACGGCGGCGUUUAAAUGAUAAAGUUCUGUUCUGAUCUGUGAAUUAUGUCCAAAGGAAAGUUGUAAAUAUAAAAAGUGAUUAAACUCAUAAACGAUCCAACUUUAUAAUAAAUUAUAACUUUUAUAAUAUAAAACUGUCUUUAUUGGAAGAAUGGCAUCAAGCAAAAAUUCUGUUGAUACUGAAGAAGGACAAGAUAUUGAAACUAAAUAUCCUUUAUUACCUUUUGAAAAACAAAUAUUUGUGGAUAGUUUUGAAAAGGAUGCUCUGGUUAUAAUGGCAAAAGGGAUUAAUUACAAUAACAUAAUUUCAAACCUAUUAUGGAUUUACAAAGAUCCUGCUCAUUUAGUUUUUGUGCUAAACAGUAGUGAACAUGAAGAGAAAUAUUUUAAUGAAAAAUUUAACUUGUCAUCAUUACCUAAUGUUGGAGCUGAAAGGGAGAAAGCAUAUUUAGAAGGUGGCAUACAUUUAGUUUCUACUCGCAUAUUGGUAGUAGAUCUAUUAAAGAAACGAGUUCCAAUAUCACAUAUCACAGGUAUUAUCGUUUUGCGGGCACAUACGGUUUUAGAAUCAUGUCAAGAAGCAUUUGCACUGAGACUCUACAGGCAGAGCAACAAGACCGGCUUUGUGAAAGCUUUCUCAAACUCACCCAUAUCUUUUACUUUUGGCUACAAUCAAGUUGAGAAAGUUAUGAGAGCAUUAUUUGUGACUGAAUUGUUUUUAUGGCCAAGAUUUCAUGGCUCAGUAAUAAAAAAUCUAAAAACUAGACAAGCAGAUGUGGUGGAAUUGCACAUACCUCUUACCACCAACAUGAGUUAUAUACAAACAUGUUUACUUGAUAUUAUUAAUUACACUGUAAAACAACUGAAGAGUAUUAACAGGACUUUGGACAUGCAGGAAAUUACAACAGAAAACUGUAUUACAAAAAAGUUUCAUAAAAUUCUUCAGUCCCAGCUGGACUGUGUUUGGCAUCAAUUAAGUACGAGAACCAAAGAAUACAUUCAAGAUCUAAAAGUACUAAGGAGUAUGACUGUUAACUUACUUCAUGAUGAUGCUGUUUCUUUCCACGCAUUAGUCAGUAAAUACAGCACUCCAGAAUAUGCUAAAGUAAAUUCAGGAUGGAUCCUCCUCGAGUCAGCUGAGCAAUUAUUUCGACUAGCUAGAGGAAGAGUGUUUAAUCACAAGCAAGAGUUUGACCCAGAACCAUGCCCAAAGUGGAAAUGCCUAAGUGAUCUGCUGCUGAAGGAAAUCCCCGAGGAAAUAAAAAAGAACAAUGCUAACCUGAACAAUACAAAAAUAUUAGUCCUUUGUCAAGAUAAUAGAACAUGUUCACAAUUAAAUAAUUACCUUACAAUGGGCCCCUAUAAAUAUCUAUUUUACAUGGCAUUCAGAAACGACCUGACUAUUAAUUCUGUAUCAUCUAAAUACACAUCACUACAGAAACCUGUAUCAAAAGAAGAAAUACCAAUACCUCAUGAGGUUGAGGAAGGAGACAACAAAGAAGAAUUUGUAAAUGAAAUUAAAUCGAAUUAUGUUUUAACUUUAACACAAUCUGCUAUACAGUCUGAUGCAAAAUGUGAGAUGCAUAAUGAAAGUAUGUUUGAACCCAUUUCUCAGAUGGAUAAUUUAGAUUUCACACAACUUGAAACUGAGAAACCCAUCAUAUGCAUUCAAACAUUCAAAGAGAGUGGCUGUAACUUUUCACUAGAACGCACAUUGGAUACCUUACGUCCUGAAUAUGUAGUUUUAUAUCACUGUGAUGUGGCAGCAGUGAGGCAGAUAGAACUAUUUGAAUGUCGCAAAAAGAUAGAGGAGCCAAAAACUAAAGUAUAUUUUAUGAUACAUGACAAAACUGUUGAGGAACAGGCCUAUCUAACAUCGCUCAAAAGAGAAAAACAGGCAUUUGAGCUGUUAAUUCAAACAAAGAGUGUAAUGGUUGUCCCAUCAUAUCAAGAUGGAAAAACUGAGGAGUAUUUUAAUUUAAAUGUGGAGCAUGAUGACAAUACCUUGGACACUCGAAAAGCAGGUGGACAAAAUCAGGCAAAGGAAAAGCCAGUUGUUAUUGUCGAUAUGAGAGAGUUCCGAUCAGAUCUACCGGCAUUACUCCACAAGAAAGGAAUCAAUAUCGAACCUGUAACCAUAGCAAUUGGUGAUUAUAUUCUAACACCGGACAUCUGCGUUGAAAGGAAAUCUAUUUCCGAUUUGAUCGGAUCGCUAAAUUCUGGGCGACUUUAUACCCAAUGCACUCAAAUGUGUAGAAACUACAGUCGACCUAUUUUACUUAUUGAAUUCGACCAGAAUAAACCGUUCAACCUGCAGGGCCACUUUGUCGUAUCGACAGACAUAUCCGGAGCAGACAUACAGCAAAAGCUACAACUGCUGACCAUACAUUUCCCUCGUUUGAAGCUCGUGUGGUCACCCAGCCCAUAUGCUACUGCAGAAUUGUUUUAUGAACUAAAACAAGGAAGAAAAAAUCCUAAUGUCGAAGAAGCCCUCGCGCUAAGCGGUGAUAAUACCGCGGAGGACAUGCAUUAUGAGCGCUACAAUAUUUUAGUUCACGAUUUCGUGCAAAAGUUGCCCGGAGUCAGUUCAAAGAACAUAGCCAGAAUCAUGGACCGAGGCAUAUCACUGGAUCAUCUCAUUACACUUACUCAAGAUGAGCUGCAAGCUAUCAUCGAGAACAAAAAUGAAGCAUCAACUUUAUAUUCCAUACUACAUGUGAAGCCUAGUCCUGCAGAUGCCAAUAAAGAUGAGAAAUAUGGAAAAAAGAAAUUUAUGGGGAGAAAAUUUCCGAAUAAAAGAAAAUAGGUAAAUUGGUAAAAUAAUAAUUUAUUUUGAAACCAUAGAAUAUAAUGUAUGUAAUGCUGUUAAAAAUACAAUAAUUUAUUUUGGAUGAUAUAGUAUUUAUUUUUCUACUUUGUAAGUAGGUGCAGAGUAGGUACUAGGUACACUUACGAUCAAUAAUAAAAUGGGCACACUGGGAAAUAAUAUCAACGCCAACGACCUAAAACAAAGUUACAGUUGUCGUUUUUAACAAUUUAAACUCAUUAUACGUGUUCUUUCUUAGAUUCCAAGAUUGAUAUACCUAUGUAAGACAAACUGAUGAUCUUUCUUUCAGCAGAAUAACAUAUUGCAAUCAAACAAUUUGACAUUUUGAAACCCCUGCAAAGAACAGUCUGUCUCCUUAUUCUUCACAAGCCUAAUUCAACAGCUAAAUUUAAAAACAAAUAUACAAAAAUAAAUAUGGAUACUACUAGUCAUGGUUUUUUUAAAAACCUAAACAUAUUAAAUAAUGUCUUCAUUUGACCUGAAAUCAAACAUACUAUUGUACUGUAUUUAUAGUUAACUUUUAUGGCUGGCAGUUUUUAUUAAAAUAAUGUAUUUAAUUUAGCUUGAUAUAUGUAUUUAGUUGAAAAAUUUUAAUAUACUGUGAGAAACUCUUCCAUACCAAGCUUAUUAACAGAUGUAUAAUAACAAAGUAUGCAAUAAAUUUUUAGUUACUAGUUAAUUUCAUAGUUUCCACUUGAAACGCGUAAUAGGAAAUUGUCGACGAUCGAGCCGAUCGAUCAAGUGAUAUAAUAGUAAGUAAAUACCUUAAUUUUAAAAACCAAUUAUUUAUAUUAA